UGUGCUCGCACGCCGAAUAAAUGUGAAUGCAGCAGUCUUUUUCAGCUAUGCACCUGUGUUUUUGCCUUGUUAACAUAAUUGUAGUACUGAGAUAAAAUGGCUACAUUGGUGGGACAAAGGUUUCAGUGGUGGAUAUGGUAUUCUCUGUUGCUUCAGUUCUGGAGAGCUGUGGAUGGCCAGAUUGUGUAUUCCAUUUCGGAAGAGGCAAGCCCCGGCACGACGGUGGGAAACUUAGCGAAGGAUUUACAACUAAAUGUUCAGGACCUUGAAACCCGAGGAUUCCAUAUAGUUACCGAGGCUUAUAAGAGGUAUUUCGAUCUGAAUCUGAAAACUGGUAUUGUCAGUGUUAAAGAGAGGCUAAACAGGGAAAAGCUUUGUGAAUUUAAUACAAAAUGUUCUAUAGCUUUAGAAGCUGUCGGUAAGUCACCAUUUAACAUUUAUCGGUUUGAGGUGAACGUGUUGGAUAUUAACGACAAUUCACCAGUAUUUCGGCAGUCAGAGACGAUUUUAAAUAUAUCGGAAUCAGCAUUUUCAGGGGAAAGAUUCGCCUUACCGAUUGCAUAUGAUGCGGAUGUAGGAAGUAAUUCGGUAAAGAGCUACAAGCUGAGCUCAAACGAACACUUUUCCCUGGAUGUACAUAGCGGAGAGCAGAGCGUGUCUGCUGAGUUAGUGCUACAGAAAGCUUUAGACCGAGAGAAGCAGCCUGUAAUCCAGCUAACACUGACCGCAGUAGACGGUGGGAAACCUGCCAGAUCAGGAACGAUGACUAUUGUUAUAAACGUGCUGGAUGUUAACGAUAAUAUUCCGGUUUUCAGUAAAUCCCUAUAUAAGGCUCGAGUUCACGAGAAUGCACAGCCCGGUACUCCUGUAAUUACUGUGCAUGCUAGUGACUCUGAUGAGGGUAUGAACGGCGAUAUUAUUUAUACAUUUGUUAACCACGACAAUGGCAAUGUAAACGCAUUCGCAAUACAUCCAGAAAAAGGGGAAAUUGUAGUGACCGGCGAUAUAGAUUAUGAACGAAAAAAUGCAGUAGAACUUCGAGUGCAGGCGAAGGACAAGGGUCAUAAUCCAAGAGCUGCACUCUGUAAGGUCUUAGUAGAAAUCAUUGACGUUAACGAUAAUAUCCCUGAAAUAUCGGUAACGUCGUUAGUUAGCACGAUUAGAGAGGAUGCACCGGUUGAAACUACGGUUGGUAUGAUUACGGUGAUCGAUAAUGAUGCUGGUAAAAACGGACAAGUAACCCUGGACGCCAUAGGAUCUGUUCCUUUUAAGAUACAGAAGUCCUAUAAGAAUUAUUAUACAUUAGUUGUAAAUGGACCCCUCGACAGAGAAAGCGCAUCUGAACAUAAGAUCAUUAUUACAGCUGCUGACGGAGGGACGCCGCCUCUGUCCAGCACCAGUGUCAUUACGGUACACGUUUCUGACGUGAACGACAACGCGCCGCGCUUUGCAGAGACAACCCUUAACGUCUACGUAAAAGAGAACAAUCCAGUGGGAGCUGUUGUUUAUACAGUUUCUGCUUUUGAUUCUGAUGUAGGCGAUAAUGCCAGGAUAACUUAUUCAAUACAAAGCUCAAAAAAGUCUCCCAUAACAUCUAUUUUUAAUAUCAAUUCUGACAGUGGAAAUAUCCAUAGUUUGCAGUCUUUUAACUAUGAGGAAAUCAAAACUUUUCAGUUUAAGGUUCAGGCUAAUGACGCUGGUGUUCCUCCUCUGAACAGUACAGUGACUCUGAAUGUGUUUAUCUUGGAUGAGAAUGACAACAGUCCGGGGGUUCUCGCGCCGUAUUCGGAACACGGCUCCGUUAACACAGAGAACAUUCCAUAUUCCGCUGAAGCGGGUUAUUUCGUCACCAAAAUCAGAGCUGUGGACGCCGAUUCUGGAUAUAAUGCGCUUCUUUCUUAUCACAUUUCUGAACCCAAAGGAAACAACUUAUUUCGCAUCGGAACCAGCAGUGGGGAGAUCAGGACUAAGAGGAGGAUGAGUGACAAUGACCUGAAAACACACCCCCUGGUCAUUAUGGUUUCUGAUAACGGAGAGCCCUCACUGUCAGCGACUGUGUCUAUUGAUGUCGUGGUUGCUGAAAGCGGGAGUGACAUUCAACCAAAAUUAAGACACGUGCCGAUGAAGGAUGAGAGUUUCUCGGAUUUAAAUCUGUAUUUGCUGAUCGCCAUUGUGUCGGUGUCAGUGAUCUUUUUACUGAGCCUCAUCAGUUUGAUAGCUGUGAAAUGCUACAGGACAGACGGCAGUUUCAGCAGGUACAGCGCCCCAGUGAUCACCACCCACCCUGACGGGAGCUGGUCUUACUCCAAAUCUACUCAGCAGUAUGACGUGUGUUUUAGCUCCGACACACUGAAGAGUGACGUAGUAGUUUUCCCUGCUCCGUUUCCGCCCGCAGAUGCGGAACUGAUCAGUAUUAAUGGAGGGGACACUUUUAACAGAACACAAACACUCCCUAAUAAAGAGAAGGUAAGAUCUUGA